CUCAGAGUGUUUCCACGUGGUACACAGUAUACACAUGCAGUCGGCUAGCAGGCUUGAAAUCCAGCAUUGAGUAUUGCCAUCCACAUUGUGUUAACAAUUCCAUCCCGGCCCCAAAGUCGGGUGAUUCUGACCGAACUCCCAUUCUCCUCGUCUCCGACGGCGUGAUCCUCCCGGGGGCGUGUCUUGGCCUUUGAUUUGGACUCGCGCGUUUGGCGUCUUGUAUGGCCUGGCGAAGUGGCCGGGCCACCCGUGCCUUGCUCGUCACCGUGGGAUUGUCCUCCACGGCGAUAGCCGCUUACUACUUACUUCGUACACGGCCGAACGCCGCCGCUGAUAUGGCUCAAACUGACCCCGCACCCGUGGCUACCCAUGAAAAGCCCGUCGAUGACGGCCAGACCUUGAGCGCUUCGCAGAAACCCAAGAAGCGUUUAGACGAGGAGCAAUUAUCGUGCGAGCUGAGCAAGCUCAAUAUUCACCCUGAGGCCAUGACCAAGGCUUCCAUCCCCGAAGGCUCGGUUGUUAAGCCCUCGACUGACCCCGUCAAAUCCUCUGCUCCAGCUGAAAAGAGUGAUACCACGCCUACUUCUAACACAACCGCCACCGCCGCCAGCACCGGCGCCGCUUCUUCUUCCGGACGGACGCAUCCGGAUUCCGGAGUGGUCUCUCCGUGUGAAGGAACCGGAUCUUCCACUCCGGUUUCUCGAAUGGUGGCACCCGCUGUUCCCGGUCAAACCAAGACCCGUUCCAACAGUACGGAUGGCGGUCUGGGCGGCUCUCUGUGUGGCGAGGAGGAGGCCGAGACGGGUUCGACGGAAGGAGGUCAAGCCUUGAGUGACAGUGGGCAAGGAAGUGAGACGGACGAGCAGAGCGCCAACCACGUGGUGUCCUUCCAUUUCCAUGUUCCGAAUUGGCUGUGUGGUAAAUUCAUUGGUCUCCAGGGCUCGGUGAUCAAACAAUUCAAAACUGCCUCCAACUGCACGAUCACCCUCAAAGCUCAAAGCAAUAGCCAAACGAACAACAGCACCAAGAACCACAAGCAUCACAGCAGACAUCACCAGAACAACGACCAACACGGCAACCAAGUGUGCAUUAUUGAUGGGACCCGAGUCAAUAUUGAAAAGUGUCUCCAGAUGAUCCGUGACAAAUUUCCGCUGGAAGACUACCCGGAGUUGAGCUUGGAGCAAGUGAACUGUCCCCUGGAGGACCCCUCGAACAUCACCACCAGCAUCGUGUCACCUCAACAAGCCUUGGCCACGGGCAUCAUGCAAGAGCUGGUCGUGUCGGCCAUCAUCAACGGCGGAUGCGUGUCCCUGCAAUUGCCCAACAACUUCUACUUCUCGUCCUUAGAGCAACUGACCACUUGCAUGUACCACACCUACUACGAGCUGGACACGCCCAGCGUGCCCCGCCCCGUGGUGCCCAAUGUGCUGUGUGUCGCUGCCUACGAGAACCAGUGGUAUCGAGUCCAGGUGAUAUCCUACGAUUCCGAGACUGACUCCUGUGAUGCUCGCUUCGUCGAUUUCGGAGGCUUUGACUCCUUCCAAGGGGUCGAUCUCAGACAAAUUCGCACAGAUUUUACCACCCUCCCGUUUCAAGCAACGGAUUGUUACUUGUCCAAUGUGAUGCCUUCAGAUGGAGAAGCCUGGUCUCCCGAGUCAGCCACAGUUCUCCAUGAACUUAUCUCAAGCAAGGCUUGCUCAGGUCGAAUGGUGGGAUAUGCCGCCGAUGGUAGUCCGUUCGUUGAGCUCUACGUCACGGAAACCCCAUCUUCAUCCUCAACGAAAUCCCCCACUGAGCCGGUAUUGGUCAAUCGGACUCUGGUCGAUCGAGGGGUGGCCUCCUGGGUAGAGCACGAGGUUCUUGAAGAGGUCGGAGAAGCCCUCGAGGUCUGAGGCUCUAGCGACGAGAAGUUCGAAUCAUGCCUGUUUGCCAUGUUUGCCGACAAACACACCCUGUUUUGGUCACCCUUGAACCUCAACACACAACCGAGUUGGGAAUCCUGGUCAACAAGGUUUGGCCCCUUAAACUCUCCUACCGACGAUGCCAGAUUUCAGCACUGGGAAUUCAAUCAAAACAAUGCGAAACUAAUUCAGUUGAAGAUCAGUAAGCGAAUCCGAAAACAAAAGAAAAAAAAGCAAAAUCCCUUGAUAACGAGACGGACCUUGACGUCUCAAACAAAGACACCAGAUUUAUAAUAUUUGAGAAGAUUUGCGACUUGGGCUUUUUGCCCGUUGUGAAGAAAUGAGAACCAACCCUGAUUGGAGGAACCGGUUGAAUUGAAUCACGUGCAAAACGCGCAUUUGUUUCUUAACCAUCUGAAGUUGCUCAUGUUACCCUAAACGCUGAUGCCAAUGAUGGGCGUCAAAUACCAUUUUUGGGUCCCCAUCACGGCCGCCUCGCCCUCUUUUUCCGCCCUAUUCUCUUUAUUGUCCAAAGUAGGGUUGUUUAUAAUGUCAUGAUAUUGUUCCUGUAGACUGCCCAUUGUUUUCAUCAGUCUUCACACCUUGACGAGCUACAAACUUUCUACUAAAACUGAUUAAGAAACUUCUCGAAACCCGAACCCAUAUCCCUCCGUAUGAUCCCGUGUAGGCCAGGACAUUUUUUUUUAGUAGUUCAGCAUCCUUCAAGCGUGUUUUAAACCACUUUAAAAAAAAACACCUCUUGUGCCUUACUCCAUAUGGAACGAAGAGGCGGGAGUAAUAAGUAUCUUUUUCUGCCCAUGUUUACCCUUCUCGUCCUCCUUCUCCACUUUCUCAAACACGUUUCCCCCUCUUCUAGAUUAUUCGAGAUGCGCUAAUGAAUCUUAUUUUAAAUACCAAUACUUGAAAAAACUUUAUAACAAACCGGCCCACGUCCACCCACAACCACCACCCGACGGCCUGAGCCCUCUCCCCACAUUUUCACUAUUUUUCAAUUACAUCCACGCCAAGAAGAAUGAUCACAAAAUCCCUUUUUCUUUCCACACGUUAUAUUUAAUACUACUUGAAUUAAAAAAGGCAGAAAGUGUUCGAUUUUUGACGAAAAUAAACCGAAUUUUGGUCCAAA